ACCCACCUCUUCUCAAUUUCACACAACCAAAAUUCCCCUUUUCUUCUUCCUUCUCUCUCUCUCUUUUCCCUCUUUUCCUCUUUCCUUGAUUCUUCCAUGGCUUCCACUCGCGAAGGCCACUACAGAGGCGUUCGUAAGAGGCCAUGGGGUCGUUACGCCGCUGAAAUACGCGAUCCUUGGAAGAAAACCCGCGUCUGGUUAGGCACUUUCGAUACUCCUGAAGAAGCCGCCCUUGCUUACGACGGCGCCGCCAGAUCCCUCCGCGGCUCCAAAGCUAAAACCAACUUCCCUCCUCCCGUCCCUGGUCUCUCUCUCGACCUCAACGUCUCCAGUCCCUGGCCAACCGUCACCUCCGCGGCCGCUGCCCCUUCCUCUUCCGCUCGCUUUCUCCUCGGCGAUUUCCUCCGCCAUGGCGCCAGAAACGAUAUGUGUAAUCUCAAUGCGGAAGCCUCCCCGGUACUGCUGGACUCGAGCGCUGCUUCAACAGCCACAGCUACGACGUCGUUUAUUGGUCACGUGCGGCGCGGCCUCCCUUUUGAUCUAAAUGAACCUCCCCCGGUGUGGCUAUGAUUCAUUCAACAAAACCACCCCACGGCUUUUUACCGGCGUUUUUUACGGACAUCACUUUCUCAUUUCCUUCUUUUUGUCUUUCUCUUUUAUUUAUUUUUAUUUUUAACAGUCUUAUGUAUCCACUUUUCACCCCCCCUAGAUUUUAAAAAAAAAAAAAAAAAAAAAAAAAACAUUAAAAAAAAUAUGUAAAUACAAGUUUUUGGUGGACAUUGAUUGGUCUAUUCCACAUUUUCUUUUUUAUAUAUUAUUUAUCGAAAAUCCUAAAAUGAUGCCGGCCGCCGCCCGCGGAAAAUAUUGCUUCCAUCGGACUUAUAAUAAUAAUAAUAAUAAGGGUGUUUUCUUUCGAGGUAUUUUUAGUCACGCGCCAAAAGCGUGAGAUUUUGUUUUAAGUUUUUAUGAGGCGAAACAUUAUGAAAAGUGAAUUAUUUGUAUUGUAAUUAAAAAUGGUCAAGGAGUUAACAAGAAACGACGUCGUAUAGGAAGGGAAUGAAAAAGGAAGGGCAAGCGUGUGCACUUUAUAAUAAUUGCAUUCCUUUCUUGGUUUCCUUUGCUUCGUACGUCUGCUUUUGCGGUUUCGGCAAUUUCAGCACCCCAUUUAUUCUUCCAUUUUUAGCCUUCUCUUUCUUCUUCCACGCGCCCUUCCUCCGCGCGUUUGUUCCAACUCCUUGUUAAUCUCCGGCUAAACUGGCCCCACGCCCGCCGUUUACCAUUUUCUUUUUCUCAAUAAUCAUUAAUAUAUUUACUUCAAGUUUUGGCCAA